AUGAAGGGCAUCGAGAUUAAGCAAUACGUCAAGGGCCCUGGCGAGCUCAAGGUAACUGAGCUGCCCGAUCCUACCCCCAAGGACAACGAGUAUGUCAUCAAGGUGCACUCGGCCGCCGCCAACUUCUUCGACAUUCUCCAGGUGCAAGGAAAAUACCAGAACCAGCCUCCCUUCCCUUGGGUAGCCGGCGCCGAGUUUGCCGGCGAAGUCGUCGCCACCCCCAAGAACUCCAAGUCGCCCAGAUAUCCCGUCGGCUCACGCGUCUUUGGUGCCGGCCAGGGUGCCUUUGCUACACAGAUCUGCACUGCGGAGAAUGUCCUGCUGCCUGUCCCCAAGGGCUGGUCUUUCCAGGAUGCCGCCGGUCUCUUCGUGACUGCCCCUACUAGCUACUGUGCCCUCGUGGUCCGCGCUGAGAUUAAGGAGGGCGACUAUGUCCUCGUUCACGCUGCUGCUGGCGGUGUAGGUCUCGCCGCUGUCCAAGUCGCCAAGGCAUUCGGUGCCAUUGUCAUCGCCACCGCGUCUACCCCCCGCAAGCUCGAGAUUGCCAAGUCGUUUGGCGCCGACCACGUCGUAUCAUACAACGAUCCCGAGUGGCCUAAUAAGGUCAAGGCCCUGACCCCCAAGGGCCGUGGCGUGGACAUUGUCUACGACCCCGUUGGCCUCGUCGACAAGUCUACCAAGUGCACGGCGUGGAACGGCCGCAUCUUGAUUGUUGGCUUUGCUGCCGGCAGCAUCGAAAAGGUCGCCAUGAACAAGGUCCUCCUGAAGAACAUUUCUCUUGUUGGCAUCCACUGGGGCCCCUACGCCAAGAACGAGAAGGAGAUGGUCCCCGUGGUCUGGAACGGUAUCAUGAAGCUAGUUGCUGAGGGCAAGCUGCGAGGCACCGAGUACACAGAUGAGGAGUUUGUUGGCCUGGAUAGAGUCAAGGAUGCGCUUGUUGCUCUGGGCGGCCGCGGUACAUGGGGCAAGGUUGUUAUCAAGGUUCCCGAGGAGGGCAACAGCCGUCUGUAA